ACGGGAAGGAAAUAAACAAAAGCCCUUCGACCCCAAAUCCCAAAGCCACUCCUUGACCUACUUGGGCUACCAUUCCAUGCCAAUGUUGCCUAAACCCAAAUUCUGCUAGUAUUGUUAUAUAUUGAUAUUAGAUUACUAGUGUCUAGUGGGAUAAUGCCACACAACUUAAAUGUGAUAUGAACCAACUGAAACAAAUCCACGCCUACACUCUUAGAAAUGGCAUAGACUACACCAAAACCCUCAUUGUCAACUGCCUCCAAAUCCCAAACCUUUCUUAUGCCCGAAAACUGUUCGAUGUUAUUCCCAAGCCAACCGUGUUUCUCUAUAACAAGCUUAUUCAAGCCUAUUCUUGUCAUGGACAAUACUACCAAUGCGUGUCCCUCUACUCCCAGAUGUGCCUUCAAGGCUGUCCACCAAACCAGCACACUUUCACAUUUCUCUUUGUUACAUGCGCUUCCCUCUCAUCUCCUCACCAUGGCCAAAUGCUCCACACCCAUUUCGUCAAGUCUGGUUUUGAAUUUGACGUAUUUGCCUUGACUGCUUUGGUUGACAUGUAUGCAAAACUGGGGAUGCUGGCCUCUGCACGCCAAAAAUUUGAUGAAAUGAGAGUAAGAGAUAUACCCACUUGGAAUUCAAUCAUUGCAGGUUAUACCAGGUCUGGCUAUAUGGAAGGUGCUCUAGAAUUGUUUGGCUUGAUGCCUUCUAGGAAUGUGGUUUCCUGGACUGCAAUGAUAUCUGGGUACUCGCAAAAUGGACAGUAUGCUAAGGCCUUAGCAAUGUUUUUGAAUAUGGAGAAGGAGAAAGGUGUGAAGCCUAAUGAGGUGACUAUAGCUAGUGUUCUUCCAGCUUGUGCGAAUCUUGGGGCAUUGGAGGUUGGAGAGAGGAUUGAAGCAUAUGCAAGAAGAAAUGGGUUAUUUAAGAAUUUGUAUGUGGCCAAUGCUGUAUUGGAAAUGUAUGCAAGGUGUGGAAAAAUUGAUGUGGCUUGGCUUGUGUUUGAUGAGAUUGGCCGCCACAGAAAUUUGUGCUCUUGGAACUCAAUGAUCAUGGGUUUGGCUGUCCAUGGAAGAUGCAACGAGGCUCUUGAGCUUUAUGAUAAAAUGCUGGGAGAAGGAAAAGUACCUGAUGAUGUUACAUUGGUGGGACUUCUCUUAGCAUGUACUCAUGGAGGCAUGGUUGUAAAAGGCCGACAACUCUUUGAAUCAAUGGAGACAAAAUUUCAUUUCACUCUCAAAUUAGAACAUUAUGGAUGCAUGGUUGAUCUCCUAGGCCGUUGUGGAGAAUUGCAAGAAGCUUAUGAUCUCAUUCAAAAUAUGCCUAUGAAACCAGAUUCUGUUGUAUGGGGUACGCUUCUGGGGGCUUGUAGUUUCCAUGGCAAUGUUGAGCUGGCUGAAAUAGCAGCCGAUUCCCUCUUUGAACUUGAACCAUGGAAUCCGGGGAACUAUGUCAUUCUUUCCAAUAUUUAUGCAUCAGCAGGCCAAUGGGAUGGAGUUGCAAAGCUAAGGAAGUUAAUGAAGGGUGGCCAAAUUACAAAGGCAGCAGGAUAUAGUUUCAUUGAAGAGGGAGGCCAAAUUCAUAAAUUCAUUGUGGGGGAUAGGUCACACCCAAGAAUAGAUGAAAUAUAUACUUUACUGGAUGAAGUUUAUACAAAGAUGAAGCUUCAGAGAAAUGCAACUGAUUGUGAAUCUGAACUUGAAGGAGGAUGAUAUCAAUGUAUUCUUAAUUUGGGAGUAGGCAACUGUGUGCACUACUGUGGUGGAUACUGAUAGCUCAACUAAUUACAGCUGGGAUGGUUUUUUUUUUUUUUUUUUGCAAAGCCCAUUUGGCAUAGCAUAGCAUUGGUUAUAGCCAGUGUCCAGCUUCAAACAGUUGAUGUUUUCAUGGAAAACCCACCAAUGGAACAAAUAUACGGUAUACAGACAUGAGUGUGGCUAUGGGCUCAAAGGAUAGGAGGCAAUGUUCUUUUUACAUGGCUAUACUAGCUUUGCAAAAUUGUUUUGGAUAUAUUUUAUUA